AUGUCUAAAAAUGGCGGGGAGGCUCUCAUGCGGUGGCAGAGGGAUGUGGAUGAUCCGCAUAAUUUUGUGGAUAUUCUUGCGUCGACUUCGAAACGCAUGUUGCGACUGAGGUCAGCCGCUUACUAUCCUAGUAUUGGUAUUGGCGCCUUUGGGACGUUCCCUCUGCUUAUGGAAAACAGGGCGUCUUCAGAGGACUAUGGUGUCAUGGGUUUAAGAUAUGUUUCACGGAAUCUAUCAAUUGGAGCGUCCUUUUUGCCGUUUCCCUUUCCUGGUGAGGUACCAUAUGGUGCAUGGUUAGUUGGGAGAAAAGGGAAUUUCAGCGCAGGACUACAAUACAAGCCACUUAGUGGAAGCAACCAUGCUAUGCCUUUUACAGACUUGAAGAACUGGAAUUGUGCAAUCAGCUAUGGCAUGCGCUCAACUAGCCCACUCGACCCUUCAUUACUUUUUGCCCUCGAGCUUGUCAGAAAUACACAGCUGGUGGCAUCGGUCUAUCAACACCAUAUUCUUUUAAAACAAGAAAAUGAGCGUCGUGGCAAUGAUCGUAUUACCGGACGUUUAAGCUACCUUGAUUUUGGGCUUGAGCUAGCGACAAGGGUUAAUGAAGACAAACCAGUGGACAAUGCUGACAAAUCCAUGUUUCAGAUAGCUGGAAGUUGGCAACUUAAUGAAAACUUACUAGUAAAGGCAAAGGCAGGUCCUUCCAAAUCUUCUGCUGCUUUAGCAUUGAAGUUUAAACCCUUCUUUACAGCCAGUGUUACAGUGGAAAAUGAUCAUUUGAAGGGUACCAGAUCAUAUGGAUUUGGAAUUCAUGCGAGAGAUGAUGAGACUGCAGAAUCCGGUUACCAAUCAGUCUACCAAACAGUGGAUCCAGAUACGAGCAUUUUGACCCAAACCAAAGUGAACUUUAACGGAGAGAGUAAGAAGCGCAAGUUUCAGUUUGACUCGCCUCCAGGCAACUUUGAGAACUUACCGACAGAGUUGAAGCCUGUCGACGGAGUAUUGUAACCACGGGCUAUUGUCCAAUCUCAUAGGCCUUUUACUAAGAUAGGUUUUCUUCUUCUUUGAACUUGCAAAAACUGCAUAAUCUUUUCUGGUAGCUACACUGUUCUAGAA